UAUCCCCAACAGAGGAGACUUACUUUCUCCUUCGGUCUCCUAGGCUCUGGCCAUGGCCGCCACCAACCAAACUCAACCACGACCACCAUGCUCAAAUCUCCUCCUCUGCUAGACAUACAACAACAAAAAUGGGCAACCAAAACGCUAAACACACAACAACAACAUCACCAACAACAAUAAGCCAUCCAUUGCCUCCUCCUCCUCCUCCUCCAGCUCUGUCCAUGGCGGCCAGCGAAACCCAAGAAGCAUGGCCAGAGCUUCUCGGCGCAAACAACUGGGCUGGCCUUUUGGACCCUCUGGACCUCAACCUCAGAACCCUCAUCCUCCGCUGCGGCGACUUCUGCCAGGCCACUUACGACGCCUUCAACAACGACCAGAACUCCAAGUACUGCGGCUCCAGCCGCUACGGCAAGGCCUCCUUCUUCGACAAGGUGGUGCUCCAAGAAGCUUCCAGCUACCAAGUCUCCUGCUUCCUCUACGCCACCGCCCAAGUCAGCGUCCCCGAAGCCUUGCUCCUCCACUCCCAGUCCCGCGAGUCGUGGGACCGCGAGUCGAACUGGAUCGGCUACAUCGCCGUCACCACCGACGCCGUCAGCAAGGCCAUCGGACGGCGCGAAAUCUACGUCGCGUGGCGCGGCACCAUAAGAAACUACGAGUGGGUUAAUGUGCUGGGAGCUGACCUCGAUUCUGCUGCGGCUCUGUUACGUUCUCAUGAAUCUAAUCCCAGCUUGACAAAUGACCAAACAGAUGGCGGACAUGGUCGUAAUAGCAGCAGCAGCAGCGACGACGGCAAGAGUGAAGAUGACGAAAAAGAGCCCAAAGUCAUGAGGGGUUGGCUUAGCAUGUACACGUCGAGCGACCCAAAAUCGCUAUUUACGAAAUUAAGCGCUAGAGACCAACUUCUGACGAAAAUCAAAGAGCUGAGGCAGAAGUACAAGGACGAGAAGCAGAGCAUAACGAUCACAGGGCACAGCCUAGGGGCGAGCCUGUCAAUCUUGAGCGCCUUUGAUCUGGUGGAAAAUGGGGUUGCUGAUGACAUCCCAGUUGCUGCUUUCGUAUUUGGUUGCCCACAAGUCGGAAACAAGGCACUGAAAAAUCGAAUUCAGAGCUACCCAAAUCUGAAGAUUCUGCACACCAAGAACACCAUUGAUUUAAUCCCACACUACCCUGGGCGUUUACUGGGUUAUCGUGACAUUGGAACAGAGUUCGUGAUUGAUACAAGGAAGUCAAAGUUCUUGAAGGAGUCGAAUAAUCCGAGCGACUGGCACAAUUUGCAGGGGAUGCUGCAUGUGGUGGCUGGGUGGAACGGGAAAGAAGGCGAGUUCGAGCUGAGAGUGAAGAGAAGCGUGGCUUUGGUGAACAAGUCGAGCGAUUUUCUGAAGACGGAGUUUUAUGUGCCGGGGUCGUGGUGGGUGGAGAAGAACAAAGGGAUGGUGCUUGAUGAGAUCAGCGGAGAGUGGUUGUUGGCUCCUCCUUCCGACGAGGACCUGCCUGUCCCUGAGUUUUGACUGGUAGUGGUGGUGGUGGCUUAUGG